AUGAGCGAGGAGCAGGGUGCCGUUAUUGGUAUCAACCUCGGCAAUACCUACGGUAGCAUUGCAUGCAUUAACCAGCAUGGCCGUGCCGAUGUGAUCGCGAACGAGAGCGGCGAGCGCCAGAUCGCGACGCGCAUUGCGUUCCAGGGCGACCAGGUGUACCAUGGCAACGAGGCGACGCCGCAGCUGGUGCGCAAUGCCUCGAACGUGAUUGACAACUUUGUGAACCUCGUCGGCCGCAGCUUCGACUCGCUGCUGGACGAGGAGAAGGCGCGCAAGUCCGCGCCGGUGCUCGACAAGGACAAUGUGCCGUCGUUCGAGGUGGAGAGCCACGGCGAAAAGAUGCAGCUGUCGGCGCACGAUGUGCUGGUGCGCUACAUUGGCGUGCUCUACGGCGCCGCAAAGGACUUUAUGUCGGGCGUCCCGAUUGUCGGCGCCGUGCUGAGCACGCCGUCGUGGUACUCGGAUGCGCAGAACGCCGCGGUGUUCCAGGCCGCGCAGGAUGCGGGCCUCAACGUGCUGCAGCUCGUGCCUGCGUCUGCGGCGGUGCUGGCCGCGUACGGCCUCACGGCGCCGUCGGCCAAGGGCGACCUGCCCGUGCACCCUGACGGCGAGCAGGGCGUGCCGUACCCCGCCGACAAAGUGCUCGACCGCAACGUGGCGGUGGUGGACUUUGGUGGCACGUCGAUCGACGUGAGUGUGUACGCGGCGCGUGCCGGCGUGUACUCGCAGCUCGCGUACACGCACGACAAGUCGGUCGGUGGCCGCGCGCUCGACGAUGUGCUGGUGCAGCACUUUGCGAAGGAGUUCGCGAAGAAGACCAAGAUCACAAUUGGCGAGCAGGACGCGCGCGCGUGGGCGAAGCUGCGCAACGAGGCAGAGGUCACGAAGCGCGCGCUGAGUGCGAGCAACUCGGCGCAGUGCAGCGUGGAGAGCUUGGCCGAGGGCGUCGACUUUAGCGGCAGCGUGAACCGCAUGCGCCUCAACCUGCUGGCCGCCGCCGUAUACCAGACGGCCGUCGCAAACGUGCACAAGGCGAUCGAGCUCGCGGGCUUGGAGCCGUGCCAGGUGGACGAGGUGCUCCUCGCCGGAGGAGCGUCGCGCCUUGCGGGCCUCGCCGAGCAGCUGUCGAUGCUCUUCCCUGAGGACGGCAACACGCACAUUACCUACUCGAUCGACUCUGACCAGGUGAUUGCGCGUGGCUGUGCCGUGUAUGCGCAGUCGCUCGUGCACCUGCCCGGCGACUGUGCGGAGCGCGAGUUUGUGCACUCGCUUCCACGCGAGAAGGAGGCGCUCCGCAAGGUGCUCGAGGUGCCUGCGACAACGCGCCCGAUCGGUCUCGUGCUCGACGACCCCCGCGACGAGCGCGUGGCGAAGCAGGUCGUCGACGGCCAGCUGUUCGUGACGCUCGUGCCGGAGCACACCGUGGUCCCGGCGCGCCGCGUGGUGCGUGUGCCCGUGGCCCGCGGCGCCGAGGCGUCGCUGCUGCGCUUUGCGGAGGGCACGCCGAAGGUGCGUGUCGACUUUGUCAAGGAGGAGCCGCUCGAGGACGAGGACGAGGAGGAGCUCGAGCCGGUCGAGGUGCGCACGGCGUACGUGUGCCCCGACGCUCGCCGCCUGGUCGAGCUUGUGGUGCCGCACAGUGCCGAGGCGCAGGCCAUCACGGUGCACGUCCUGGUCGAGGCGACCGGGCAGGUGCGCCUCGAGGCGCGCGUGGACGGCAGUGCCGAGCUGGCGGCGCACGCCACGCUGGGUGCCUAA